AACACGAGCUUGGAUACCGCGAAGGCGACCGUAGAGAAGGUCUGGAUGGGCUGGAAGGCGAUCAGUGGGACUUCUCCAUGCUGGUUAUGUCCGUCCGCAGCGCGCAACGGGGAAAUGGAGAAGGCGUUUGAGUGGCUUCUCCAUCUUCUGUUCGAAUUCAGCGACGUUUGGAUGUCGAUGGGGGGUGUGCGCGUUACAACGCCAUACUUUCAGGGUUCUGGGGCGCUGCUGUAUGUUAUUGCGAUGAAGGCGAAAGGUUGGAGCGGCAGCAAUCGCACAGCGCCAGGUUUCCCGAACAGGGGUUGGGAGAUGAAGGUGGAGGGAUGGAGGGAAUCAGUC